CAACAGACAGGUUCACUCGGCCUGCUCAAGCCCUCCUGCUUCUCUCUUCCACAGGCUAUUUUCUCUCCCUCAAUCGACGACGUUUGAUUCCGACGGCCUCCGCUAGACGAGAAGGUUGAGAGGGUUCCGGUUGUGAGCGAGGAGGUAGGGCUUGAGGUGGAGGGAGGGAUGAACAGAGCGGUGGAGGCGGAUGCGUGCGGCUACAGCUGGAGGUCGAUACUUUCGGUGUGGUGAUCGCGGCGAAGGAGCGACGCCCCGCCCAGUUGCCGCGGCGGACCGCCGGCCGCCGUCCACCACAGAGCGAGACCUCAGUGAGGCAGUGAAGUACGGGGGUUCUGCUCGAGCUCCAUCACAGCGGUGUCAGCGUGUGGAAGGCGGCGAUAGCAGAAUGGCCAGUUUCCGUCUCACUGGUCUGGAGGCACGCAAGGUGUUUGCUAGAAUGCUUAGCAGCGGGGCAGGUGGCAGUGAUGCCGCUGUGGAGGCUUUCGACCCCGCCAAACGCCUCUGCAAGCUCAUCAUCUCCUGCCGGCAGGCCUCGGGGCUUGAGAUCGAGCUCGACCACAGCGACCUCCGAGUCACCCCGGAUGUCGCCGAGCGCGUCCUGGAGCGCCUCGACAACGCUGGCAUGCUCGCGUAUCGCUUCUUCGAGUGGGCGCGCAAGCAGAGGCGUGGUGGCUGCGCCCACACCGUCCGCUCCUUCCACACGGUGGUCGCGUCCCUCGCCAAGAUCCGCCAGUACCAGCUCAUGUGGGACGUCGUUGCCAUAAUGCGCCGGCAGGGCGUGGUCAAUGUCGAGACGUUUGGCAUCAUAAUGCGGAAGUACGCACGGGCGCAGAAGGUCGAUGAAGCUGUUUACACGUUCAAUGUCAUGGAGAAGUACGGCGUUGUGCCUAACCUCGCCGCUUUCAACAGCCUGCUCUGUGCGCUGUGCAAGUCCAAGAAUGUGCGCAAGGCGCAGGAGAUCUUUGAACAGAUGAAUGGCCGGUUCAGCCCUGAUGCCAAGACCUAUAGCAUCUUGCUUGAGGGUUGGGGGAGAGCGCCUAAUCUCCCAAAGAUGCGAGAGGUCUACAGUGAGAUGCUUGAUGCAGGCUGCCAGCCUGACAUAGUCACAUAUGGCAUCAUGGUUGAUUCCCUCUGCAAGACAGGCCGUGUUGAGGAAGCUGUCUUUGUGGUGCAGGACAUGAGCUCCAGGGGCUGCCAACCAACAACCUUCAUAUACAGUGUGCUCGUGCAUACAUACGGCGUUGAAAUGAGGAUCGAGGAUGCUGUUGCAACAUUUUUGGAUAUGCAGAAGGACGGGAUCGUGCCAGAUGUUGUGGUUUAUAAUGCACUUGUCACUGCCUUCUGCAAAGUGAAAAAAUUUGACAAUGCAUUUAGAGUCAUGGAUGACAUGGAAGGCCAUGGAAUCACCCCAAACUCAAGGACCUGGAACAUCAUCCUUAACAAGAUGAUUAGCCUUGGAAAGGAUGAAGAAGCAUACAGGGUCUUCCGCCGUAUGAUAAAGCGCUGCCAACCAGAUUCUGAUACAUACACCAUGAUGAUAAAGAUGUUCUGUGAGAAUGACAGGUUAGAGAUGGCACUGAAGGUAUGGAAAUAUAUGAGGUUGAAGCAGUUUCUGCCGAGCAUGCACACGUUCUCUGUGCUGAUCAAUGGGCUGUGUGACAAGGGUGAGGUUAGCCAAGCUUGUGUUCUGCUUGAAGAUAUGAUAGAGAAGGGCAUUAGACCCCCUGGUUCAACAUUUGGCAAGCUGAGGCAGCUCCUUCUGAAGGAAGGAAGGAAGGAUGUGCUUGAAUUUCUCGUUGAUAAAAUGAAGAUUCUGAUACAGGAACCUUUGUUUGAUUGACCAUUCAUUAUGUUCCAAUGGUAAAGGUAAAAUCCAAUUAUAAGAAAAUAAAGCCAUUGACAAGAGGCAUAGAGGUUUCCUUGGAAAGGUCAAGAAAAAGCCAACAGUGGCAAGCAAACCCAAAUCUUGAAGCUUUGAUGGGCUCUGCACAUCAGAUGGCUAUGGCUGUAAAAAUCAGAUGCCUCAAGACCCUGGGCUGAAUUUCGCGCAGUGCUCAAGCGCUUUUUGGGGUAGCAGCGGAAUCCAUCAUGGGCAACGGGAGGCAAGAAAAUUCUGGUCUGACCGGUGAUUGCAAGGCAGAACAAUCACUGAGUUGGCUCCUAACUUGAUCAAGUUGAUCUCCAUAAGAGUUGUUAAACAUCGAACUGUUGCUCAAGCCCUGAACAGCCAAGGCUGGGUAACUGACAUCAGAGGAGCCCUAACGGCACAAGUGAAUUAUUGACUAUCUUCAGAUUCGGGACAUGGUUGAUAAUCUGGUCUUACAUCAGAAAGUUCCUGAUCAGCAGUGGUGGCGUUUCACUCGGUCAGGUUCCUACAUCAGUACAUAUGCAUAUCACACUUUCUUCAUUGGAACCAUCAAGUUCGCACCUUGGAAACAAAUCUGGAAAAGCUGGGCUCCCCUGCACUGCAAAUUUUCAUUUCGUUAGUUGUAAACAGCCGGUGUUGGACAGCUGACCGACUUGCGAAGCGCGGCCAUCCCCAUCCAGUUGCUUGUCCCCUCUGUGAUCAGGCUGAGGAAACAAUCCAGCACACCAUCAUCUCAUGUGUGUUUGCUCGGCAGGUCUGGACACUAAUUUUCCAAAGGUUGGGCCUGAUUGCUAUGGUCCCUCAACCUACUGUUGCUCGGUUCUCUGCUUGGUGGAGCAAUAUUAUCAGUAGGGUUCCAAAUGUGCUGAGAGAAGGCAUCAACUCCCUGAUCAUUUUAAUACCUUGGGAGCUUCGGAAGCACCGAAAUGAUUGUGUUUCAAGGGGCAAACCCAAGUGUUCAGGUGGUUUUGCAAACAGUGGAUGAGAGUGGUUUAUGGUGUCUGGAUGGAAUCUCUGCUUCAUAAGCUCCUCAUUUGGUCGCUCUCCCUGGACUCUUAUUAUUGGGGAGGUGGCCUGGUCGUGGUCGUUUAAAGUUCAUAUUGUGGCGUGUUUGUAGUCCUGUUGUGUGUGUGCUGGGUGUGUUUUUAUGAGUAGUCUCUUUGGCCUCUCCUCUGUACUGUUUUUUCUCUCUUAACGAAAUGACAUGCAUCUCUCAUGCGUUGUUCUAGAAAAAUAGAAAAACAUCUUCGACUGAAUGAAAGCACUUGAUGACACGAUUGAAAGGUCACUUUCAUCAUGGUUUGUUCACUUUCACGGCUAUUUACCGUGUGCUUCCAUUUGGUUUAACCUUUUCCUUAGGUGCAGAUCCUUUGUAGGUUGCUGUUCUGUAGGAGCUGAUGAAACGUCCAUGGUGGCUUGACACUAUCGACACGCAGGUGUUGCAUCUAGGUACCUACUUCACCGAUUAUUCGCUUUCACUUUGCAGUUACUACUUUUUUUUAUUCCAAAGGUUGUUUAGAACCAAUGGAUAAUACUAUUUUUUGCUCUAUAUGACUGAUCAAAGGGACACCAAAACCUCGCGAGAAAAAAAAUCAUACUAAAUUCUUGGAGAAAACGUAAAAUAAUUGAAGGAUGUAGAGAGACAGUAAUUUUUCACUUUUAUACAUUUCUGUUUUUUUUUUGCAGAGGUUGAUAUUGGGUUGUGCAUUCGCCGGCAUAUUGUUGUAUGGCUGCCUUUUUUUAGACAAACAGGGAGGUGUAAAACUAUUGCUGAUAUGUGGGAUGGAUCACAACUGAAGCUAACAUUUAGGAGGAACUUUGAUGAUUGGCUCAUGGAGCUGUGGUGCCAGCUGAAGGAGAUUGCUAGCAGUGUUACAUACUCUGAUGGCACAGACUCUUUGGUAUGGCAGUUGGAGAGUAAUGGUAAUUAUUCCACUAGCUCCCUGUACCAUGUUAUCAACUUGGGGGGUACAGCCAGUUCAUAUACCUGCAGUCUGGAAACUCAAGGUCCCUCCAAAAAUCCAUUUCUUCCUCUGGUUGUUCUCUCAUAACAAGCUGAUGACUAGGGAUAACUUGAGGAAAAGACACAUAAUUAAGCCUCUUGAGUGUGUCUUCUGUUGUGAGCAUGAAACUGUCUAUCAUCCUUCUCAAUGUGCUUGAAUGCAUCAGUGUUCAUCCCGAGAGAUUAAUAGCUUACACAUGUAGUUCAAUUACUAGUCGGGUUCUGAACAAGUUCAGCUUCAAAGCACUCAUCUUGUAUCCUCCUCUUUUGCUACUUAUAAAAUAGUGGGACCUAUUUUCUCCAGUUC